AUGGAUCCCAGUGAUGAAAGGCAGACGGUGGACUGGGAAGACCUAGACAAGAAGAGAUUUUACUCUUAUGGCAUCACUUUUUUUAUGGGCGUGCGGGCGCUUCUAUACCCCCCGUUCCUCCUCAAGACCAAGAUUCAAGUGGCAAGGGGUGGCGCGAGCGAGAAGUCGGCGUUCCAGGUGGCGAGGGCGACUGUCCGGGAGGAGGGGGUCAGAGGUCUCUAUAAGGGGUUCUGGAUAAGCUCGACCAGCCUGGUUUUUAGACAGGUCUACUUCACGACCUACGAGGUGGUUCGUCACCACCUGGGGCCGGGCAGCGACCUUUACCAGCGGCUGGGGCCGGAGAAAGGGGAGCUGGUCCGGAAUAUGUCGGCGGGGGCGGCCAGCUCGGCCGUGAUGCAGUGCUUCACCGUGCCGCUUGACAUCAUAGGGCAGGUCUACGGCGAGAGCGGGCUUAGGGGUUUCUACAGAGGGUUCGGUAUUUCUGUGCUGCAGUUCGCGCCGACGUCGGCGAUCUGGUGGGCCGCGUACGGUGUGUACAGCCGGGCGUUCGUGCGCGCGCUGGGUAACCUGCCGGAGCCGGUCCCGGAGCUGACGGCGCAGCAGCGGCAGGUCGGGGGCCAGGCGGCGGCGGGGUUCUGCACGGGAAUGACGACGGUGCUGUUGACCAACCCCCUGGACGUGCUGAGGACGAGGCUCCAGGUGGAGGGGCGCCGCGGCGACGAUCGAACGAUAGCGUCGGAGUACCGAAUUUUGAUGGCGGAGAGCGGGCCGAGGGGGCUAAUGAAGGGGCUCGGGCCGCGGAUACUGGCGAUGGCCCCGGCGUCCGUCCUCAUCGUCAGUGUCUACGAGCUCAUCAAGCGCCUGAGCAGAAAAACUCCGCUCCCGCCACCGCCCGCGGGGACCCCGCAACUUCCGUCACAACCGCCGGCCACCGCGAGGACGGCCGCCUUUGCUACUACUACUGUCACAGACCCAAAUCACCGCUGA